UCACCUAAGCAGCUAAGCACAGCUCAGCUCGCGACACUCUCUCUGCCCCCUCCUUCCCCGCACAGACCUUUCAAUUAUGCAAACGCUACUAUUGCCGGCGACGGCGGUGGCAGCGGGAUCAUGCUCCACUUCUCGCCUCCACCGGCCAUCAACCCCCGCCUUCCACGUCCCCAGUUUCAAUUUCCCUCUUCCAAACCUACCCUCAUCCUCUAAAACCUUCCAACCGCUUUCUUUUCCUUCACCGUCUUACGGUGCAACCCACCACAGACGACCGACGCUCUCCUUCUCUGUAAGGGCCUCUCAAGUUUCGUCCCCAGCCGUCGCUUCCCCGGACGGUGAGGGCGAAAAGGCGAAGCUCGCUCAGGUGGCAAAAAGAUUAGAGAACACUGCAAGGAAUUUCAAGAGGUAUGGUAGUAUAGCGUUUUGGGGACAGCUUGUGUGCACUGUAGUGGCUGCCGUGAUUCUUUCGUUUUCAGUUGUUAUCACGGGGAAGAUUUCAUCGCCCGCCACUUUUUAUGCUACUGCUGGUGGGAUUGUAGCAGCGUUCAUUUCAGUAUUUUGGUCAUUUGGGUAUAUUCGACUUUCCGAUAGGCUUCGAAGGACUGCCAAUGAACCUUCAAAGGCUCCUCCUCGUGCUGAUGUUGUGAAAAGCUUAAAAAAUGGCAUAGUAGUAAACCUACUUGGACUGGGUGCUGCCAUUGUUGGUAUGCAAGCCACAGUGGGCGUGCUGGUUGCCAAGGCUCUUACUUCCUCAGCAAAUCCUUAUUACCAGGGAGUCGCCCCUGGGUACAGUCCUGUUCUUGCAUUGGAUGUAUUCUUGGUACAGGCAUCAGCAAACACCAUCCUUUCUCAUUUCCUGGGCCUUGUUUUCUCAUUAGAGUUGUUGCGAUCAGUGACACUACCACCUUCAGAAGGCUUUCCGGUUCCUAGGAUUGCAUAAGCUGUGUCCUUUGGGUAGUUGAGUUGAGGUAACAUCAUGUUUUUGGAGCCAUGGUUUUUCAUGACUAGAAUAUUCAUGUACGUUUCUGUGUAAGAAUUUGAAGUUUUAUGCAAGUUUUAUGCAUAUUCCUAUUCCAAGA